GGACAGGGUCUCCUGGGUCUCCUCCUCCUCCGGGCGGGCCCCGUGGGUUUCCGGCCCAUGGAGUUCUCGGAGCUGAUCCGCACGGGCCGGGCCGAGGCCAAGCUGCUGCCGGGGCCCGGGGGGCGGCGGGGGGACCCCCCGGCCCCACUCCGGGGGACCCUCUGCCUCACUAGCCACCACCUGCUGCUGGUCGCCAGGCCCGGGGGACCCGCCCACCUCUGGCUGCUGCUGCGCAACGUGGAUGCGGCCGAGAAGCGGGUCGCCAGCAACUCGGGCACCAUCACCCUCAAGUGCAAGGACCUGCACGUGUUGCAGCUGGAGAUCGCGGGCAUGGAGGAGUGCCUCAACAUUGCCAGCUCCAUCGAGGCCCUGUCUUCGCUGGAGUCGGUCAUCGCCUCGUACCCCUUCUUCUACCGCCCCCAGACCAUGAAGCUGGAGGACGGGUGGCAGCUCUACCCCUACGACCUCUACUACCAGCGGGUCAGCCGCCAGACCGACGCCUGGAGGCUCAGCACAGUGAACGCGGACUUUAGCGUCUGUGCCAGCUACCCGCCCUCGGUCAUCGUGCCCGGCGGCGUGGAAGACGAGGCCCUGGUCCGCAGCGCCCGCUUCCGCCAAGGGGGCCGCUUCCCCGUCCUCUGCUACUACCACGGGCGCACUGGAACGGCGAUGCUCCGCUCCAGCCAGCCCUUGGUGGGGGCCAACCGGCGGCGGUGCCGGGAGGACGAGGAACUGCUCGGGGCGGCGCUGGGGGGCCACCGGCGCGGCUACGUCCUGGACACGCGCUCCACCCAGGCGGCCAAGCAGGCCCGGGUGACCGGCGGUGGCACGGAGGCCAAGUCCUGCUACCUGGGCUGGAAGCGGCUGCACCGGCCCCUGGAGAGGGGCCGGCCCCUUCAGGACAGCUUCGCGAAGCUGGUGGAGUCCUGCAAUGACCCGUCCCUCAGCAUGGACCGCUGGCUGUCCCGCCUGGAGGCUUCCAAGUGGCUGGCACACGUGAAGGAAGCGCUGGGCGCCGCCUGCUUGGCAGCGCAGGGCAUGGACAGGGAAGGGGCCUGCAUUCUGGUGCACGGGCCGGAGGGAACCGACACCACACUGUUGGUGACGGCCCUCGCCCAGGUCAUCCUGGACCCCGAAUGCCGCACGCUUCAAGGCUUCCAGGCGCUCCUGGAGCGGGAGUGGAUCCAGGCCGGGCACCCCUUCCAGCUGCGCUGUGCCCGCUCGGCCUACUCGCACGCGCGGCCCAAGCACGAGGCCCCCACGUUCCUCCUGUUCCUCGACUGCGUGUGGCAGCUGGGCCGCCAGUUCCCCCUGGCGCUCGAGUUUGGCGAGGGGCUGCUGCUGACCCUGUUCGAGCACGCCUACGCCUCGCCCUACGGCUCCUUCCUCUGCAACAGCGAGAAGGAGAGGCGCUUGUGCCAAGUUCAGGCCAAGACCCACUCGCUCUGGUCGUGGCUGGGCCAGGCGGGCCUGCAGCGGCGGCUCCGCAACCCGCUCUACACCCCCACGGCCUUGGCCAUCUGGCCCUCCGUGGAGCCCCAGAGCCUGCGCUUGUGGCAAGGUCUGUUCCUCCGCUGGCUCCGCGCCCCCGAGCCCACAGAGGAGGCCUGGGCCCAGCUGUGGAGCGUCACCUCGCAGCAGGACACCGGACCCCGGGGCCAAGAUGACUGGCAGACCCUACCCCCGCAGACCGCGGCCGCCGACAGAGGGGAUGAAGGCUAAAGCCCUUGACCCCGCGGGUACUUCCAGUUAACCCAGCUCAGCGAGGCCCCGGUGGGGCCUGUCUGGGCCGUCUAAGGCAGAAGGAGCCACGUGGCAGGUGGCAGUCGCGGCGGGCUGAACAUGGGCACCCUGACCCACGGCUCUCCGGGCGGCGCCGCGGUGCGGGCCAGAGAUGACAAUAAAGAAAGCUGUGCUUGCUGGCUAAAUUCGACCUCCCCCCGUCAGAGGAACCACCUGUCUUCGACGCCCCCAACCCACACCCCAUCUCUACACACGCACGGGAAGCCACUUCCAGGCCAACCCUCGCCCUCUCCCCGACGU